AUGUGGAAGAGUGGAUGGUCUGAAGACAAGAAGAAGUUCUGCUGCCAAUCCGAGUCGGUGGGAUGCGACGAAUCGCCUACAGACAUUGACGUCGACUGUGACGCGGGCUACGAUCAGUGGGAGGCUGGGUGGUCUGAGGAAAAGAAGAAGGCCUGUUGCAAUUUGGAGAACAAGGGCUGCAACUUCGACUGCGCGGCGGGGCAGGACAUGUGGAAGACUGGAUGGUCUGAAGACAAGAAGAAGUUCUGCUGCCAAUCCGGGUCGGUGGGAUGCGACGAAUCGCUCACAGACAUUGACGUCGACUGUGACGCGGGCUACGAUCUGUGGGAGGCUGGGUGGUCUGAGCAAAAGAAGAAGCUCUGCUGCGACACGGUGGGCAAGGGCUGCACCUUCGAUUGCGAGGCGGGUUACUCCAUGUGGGCCGCUGGGUGGUCUGACGGCAAGAAGCAGUAUUGUUGCAAGACCGAACACAAGGGCUGCAAGGAGCCACGUGGCGAUGGGUCGGGGGCCAUGGUGAUGACGCUUAGCCUUGUGUUUGGGAUUCUCUUUUGCUGUAUCGCCCUCCUGAUAGCGUGCCUCGGCUUCGGUCUCUUCAACUACCUUCGGGACAAGUUCAAUUCCUUAUCGCAGCGGACGACGGUUGAUCCGAAGCAGGGCCAGCACAAAGCCGUCUCGGAGUGGAUCUUCAAGCCGUCGGACGGCAACGCCAUCGUCACCCUCGAGGGGCCGAGCGUCGACUCCCCAGACACCGGCAACAGGCUGGAGCCGCGCGAGGUCUUCCAGGUGAGCGAGGAGAGAGCACCCGAAGUGGAGGACAAGUUCGAGGACGUCGAAGGAGGAAUGACGAUGGAGGAGGUCGAUGACGUCAACCGCCACUUCCUGAAGCUCGCGGACGGCAGAGGGUGGGUGUUGGACCGCGAGGCUGGCCACGAGAUGUGCUACAGGCUCGGCGAGCCAGUGGACGAGCGCUGGAUCUACGACCCGGAGAACGGGAAGCCCAUGGGCAUCCGCGAGGAGCCCGCCCUCGAUGGGGAGCAGACGGGCGAGGUCAUACGCCCGGGCGACAGGUUCGAAGUGUCCGAGAUCUUGUUGGCCGACGGUGAGGUGCUUGCUCUGAGGCUCAUGGAUGACCGGGGCUGGGUGUUCGACGAGAUCUCCGACGGGUCCAUCGUGUGCCGGAGGCUGCUGGACGAGACCUGGGUGUACGAGCCAGAGAACGGGGCCCCCAUCGGGAUCCGCAGUGGGCCCGACGUUUACGGGGAGAAGACGGGCCACAAGCUGCACGCAGAGGAGACCUUCCAGGUGGAGGAGAUAGAGGUCGGCGAUGAUGGCACCCUCUUCCUGAAGUUGGAGGACGGGCGCGGCUGGCUGUUUGACAAGCAUCCCGAGCUUGGAAACAUGUGCCGUAGAGUGACUUAG